GAUGAUGAUGAUGAUGAUGAUGAUGAUGAUGACGAAGAUGAUGAUGAUGAUGAUGAAGAUCAUCAUGGUAAUGAUGCUGAUGAUGAUGAUGAUGAUGAUGAUGAAGAUUCGGUUGAUAAUGAUGAUGAUUCGGAUGAUGUCGAUGAUGAUUCGUACGAUGAUGGUGAUGAUAAUAAUAAUGAUUCGGAUGAUGAUGAUGAAAAUCAUGAUGAUGAUGAUGAUUCGUGAUGAUGAUGAUGUUGAAUCGGAUGAUGAUGAUGAUGAUGAUGAUUAUGAUGAUGAUUCUGAUGAUGACGAUGAUGAUGAUGACGAUGAUGUUCUUGAUGUUGAUGAAUGGGAUGCUGACUUUCGGAGAUGA